AUGGAGGUCAAGUACGAGCUGAAUGAAAUUAAGCAACUACUUCAAGCGCAACAACUUCAACAGCCCGCUGCAAGUAAUGACUUGCCUUUACUAGGACGAGUUUCAAGAGAACAAUCAAUUUGUCUAUUCUAUGCGGUGCAGUAUAAUAAAGAAAAUGCAGAAAAGUACACCAAGAAGAUUGAUGAAAUGGAGGAUGUCGACGUCUGCUAUACUAAAAACCAGAAAAGACCAAGACUUCUUUGUACCAGAAUAAUUUAUGCCAACUCAUUUGAUAUUCAUUUAUACCCAUCUGGAAGCCGACAAGAAAAAGCAGAUGAAGAAGUAGGCCAAAGCAAUGAAGAAGUUGGAAAUCGCAAAUUAGAAAUUGAAGACAGCUUUUCAAAAUUCACAAAUUGGUGUAGAACACAAAAGUUGAAUUUCACAACUACAAGUGUUAAAAGAAAACAUGAAGAUUCCAGCCCAACAUCAAGAUCAACUUUACGAAACUUAUAUGUUUUAGGACCAGUAUAA